UUUCUAACCUGCCUCCUCCUUCCUGACAUGGAACGAUGCUAAUCCCAAGAAAUCGACGGGGUUCAGUGCAUACUCACAUGUGCUACACAACUGCUUCUCACCUUGUAUGCCUCAUGGUACCGGCCAACGACGUUGUCGCCAAUGCGUGAGCUUGAAGGAAUAGGCGCGAGCUUUAGGACAUGAGAAGAUAACCGAGGCGAUAUGCGUUCCACCCCAUCCAAACAGGCGUCGAAGCUGAAGGCGUUUUCGCUGGCGUCGCCUGCGGUGAUUCGAGUUCUCAAAUACCAGGGUUGAGAUGUCCUUCUCUCGAGCGGGGAGAGUUUCUCUACUAGAUGCAGACGAGUGUUUGUCGGCAGUGGAUUUCAUUGAAUUGAUGGAACGUGUUGUUCGAAUGCUCGUCUAGCUGAAGCUGAAUCAUUCGAAUCAUUCGAACCAUGUUGACCUUCAAAUCGAUGGGGUUUAGACACGAUCCCGAUACGCUAACCCGCGGAUUACUAUGUGGGGACUAUCAGGAACUGCCGGAUUGUCGCACAACACGCCGUACAUGUAGAUUUCAUUGGAUAAAUAGCUUUAGCACGUAUCAGUCAACAUAAGUUGUACCACACCCAGUCAGUCCAGUCUCUACAGGUCAGAGACCUUGUAAGCCAUCCACUUCGAUUUACCAGUCUGCACGAGAUAUCCAUUGUUGCGCACCGCCACAUGAUGCGUGAUCACAAACUUGUUCUCUGCCUUGAUUGGCUGAGCGCGAGCACGGCGCCCUCGCCCACCCGCCUCCGCACACGGCGCGAAACCACCUCCGUGGCCCGCUAAGGGUCUCUCUCCGCCCCCUGCAACGGUCCCUGCGAUCCCGGCGCCCGCGGAACAGCCCCAUCUGAGCCCUGGUCGACGACAGUGCACCCCGUCGCUCCGCGUCGUUCUGCACGAUCUGCGGCCCGCGCGACUCAUUGAUUUCCGCCCGGAACGCUGCCGAGUGCGUUCUUGACCCCCUCGGAUUGCGCUCCGCACGGCCGAACCCGACCUGUGUGCCACCAUGGCCGCCGCGAAGCUGACGCCAUACACCCGAACUCCAUCCCCCAUACGCUCGCAGCUCAUCAAGGUUGUGCCGGACUCUGUACCGUCCACGGACGAGCUCGAGGCGCUGCAUGAGGAGCUGAAGCUGCUCAAAGCGCGUACGCUGGAGCGUGCGAAGAAGGUGACCGAGGACUUCAAGCAGAUUGAGGAGACGUACAAGAGAAUGAGGGAGAAGGAGAAAGGUAAAGCCAAGCAGAUAGAAAAGGUCAAACGCGAGCGCGACUUUACCCCGCUUCCCGAGGCCGACGAUAUCAGAGUCAAAUCGCGUAUUCAGUCUAAACCUGUUCCGUCUCUUCCUCCGUCUUCAGCGCGGUCCUCUUUAGACCCGAGAGGAGAUGAUGCCAAGAAGCACAAGAAGAAACGAAAGCGAGACGACGAGAGCGACCAUGAAGAUGGCCAAAAGCCCCGUAAAGGCACGCCACCAGCACAGCAUACGCAUCCUCCAAAGGCACAAAAGUCGACCUCUUCAGCUAGCCAACCCUCUGCUAAGUCAUCCACUAAUGACUGGGCUAUCCCUCCUCCCGUAUCGCUUCUCCCGACACGACCAGUGUUGCCGCCGCCGUCAAAGCCGGGACCGAGCAAACCGACGGAUGUAAUGGAAGACUUUAGUCAGCUUAAACAGCCCACGCAAACCUCCGUUUCCAUCUUCUACUCCUUCAUCGAGCCCUACCUGCGUCCCAUCCGCGAAGAGGACAUCGGAUUCCUGGAACACACUGGAGACGAAGUCGAACCGUUUAUAAUGCCCAAGCUAGGCCGACAUUAUACGGAAAACUGGGCCGAGAUGGACGCCAAGGGCCCCGACGCGGGCGACGCACGCGAUGCCGAAGCCGACUCGUAUCUGCCACCGGCUCCGAAGUGGGAUCCGUCGACGCUGGCUGAAGGCGACCUCUUGAACGAGUCUCGAGGCCAUGGCCCGUUGACGGAACGAGUGCUAAGCGCGUUGUUGCCGAUGCCGGAUGCCACGCCGUGGAAAGGCGUCAAGGCGGCAGAGGACGCGAUGGAGGGCAGGCCGGGAGGGAGUGCGGCGGCGGCGGCGAGAAAGGAGAAGAUGAAUGUGUCUGAUCUGGAGGCUCGAAUACGGGACACGAUGCGUUAUCACGGGUUGUUGGAUUCGAUUCCUGAUUACUCGGACAAGGUAGACGACCCGAUUGCCACUGCUCUGCGCCAUGCCCAGAGCGAGCUGCGCCAAGUCGUUGCGGUGAACAAGGCUCGGAAAGCCCGUCUCGUCAAGAUUGCACGAGAUCGGCUGGGUCACCAGGAGUACAUCGAGUCCCGGGACGCUAUCGAUAAAAGCAUUAGCAACUCGUACACCAAACUGCAGAAGAAGAACGAGCCUAAGGUGAACAAGAAGAAGAAGAAGCUGGAUGACGCUAGUGGCUCGGGUACGCCUGCGCCAGGCGAGGGGUCCUCGAGCCAUUUGCCUCCUUGUCCUGCUGCACUGGGUCUCGGUCCAGACGAAGAUAAUAAUCUCGUCGUGCCCGACUCGCUCAACCAACUCGUUCAAAUGCGGCGGCAGUGGGUCGACACUGUUGGGGGCAUCUUCGAUCAGCGACAGCAAGAGGAGCCAGGCUCGAUGUGGGGCUUCCCAGAGAAGAGUAUCUAUCAGGACAUGGAGGAUGAGGUCCAGGAGAUAUUGAGAACAUUGCCAGAACCCAGGAGGAAACAGACUGCGGCUUCGCCCUCUCGGGACGCGAUGGAUCUGGGCUAA